AAACCCCCCCCCCCCCAAAACACAUCCUGUUUCCCCCACCAUCUCAGUGCCGCAGAUCGUUGAGCUGCCUCUGAUAUUCGAACCCUGCUGUCGGUACCGCACAAGCACACGUAAUACCCUCUCUAGCAUUAUCGCUCCCACACAGAUUUUGCAUACAUUGUUCGCUAGGCUUUAGGGCAGCGGGGCACAGCAGCAAACAUGACUGACCCCUUUGCCCCCAAGUCUAUGAAGAGGAAGAACCUGAAGGGUCUGGCUCUGAAUGCUCCACCUCCACGAUCGGCAACACCUUCGGCGGGAGAUGCGCAGGUCCCUGGUGCCAUCGGCAACCACGGUCGGGCCGAUACACUGGAGAUUGGUGUCGAGUUCCAGCUGGACCUGCGGGCGGAGGAUUUGAUCGUGCUCAAGGAGUUGGGCCAUGGCAAUGGCGGGACUGUCAGCAAGGUGCAGCAUUCGGCCACCAAGGUCAUCAUGGCUAGGAAGAUUAUCCACGUCGAAGCGAACAAGGAAGUGCGAAAGCGAAUAGUGCGCGAGCUGAAGAUCAUGCACGAAUGCAAUUCGCCGUACAUCGUCUCCUUCUACGGCGCCUUCAUGAACGACACGGGCGAUGUCAUUAUGUGUAUGGAAUACAUGGAUGUCGGCUCGCUCGACUCCAUCUCAAGAAACUUUGGACCUGUCCGUGUCGAUGUUCUGGGUAAGAUCGCAGAAGCUGUGCUUGGCGGUCUUACCUAUCUCUACAAAACGCACAAGAUCAUGCAUCGCGACCUCAAGCCCUCCAACAUCCUCGUCAACUCCAAGGGCAACAUCAAGCUCUGCGAUUUCGGUGUCUCCUCCGAACUCGAGGGCUCUGUGGCGGACACUUUCGUUGGUACGGGCACAUACAUGGCCCCGGAGAGAAUCCAGGGAGCGCAAUACACAAUCAAGUCCGACGUGUGGAGUUUUGGGCUGACUCUGAUGGAGCUUGCCAUCGGCAAGUUCCCCUUUAGCAGCGACAGUGCGGAUGACGCUGGAGGGCCCCAGGGCAUCCUUGAUCUUCUCUCCCAGAUCGUACUCGAGCCUCCGCCAAAGCUGCCCAAGAGCGAUGCCUUCCCCCUCAUCCUGGAACAGAUUGUCGACAAAUGCUUAACGAAAGAUCCAAACUUGAGACCGACACCGGAGGAGCUCUAUGAAUCCGACCCUUUCAUCCAAGCCGCAAAACGCACACCAGUUGACCUCCCUGCAUGGGCCGUGUCAAUAAUGGUCCAGAACAAUCGUAAAUCGCACCUUGUUCAACCGCAAGACUCGCCAUCAGCCAGCGACCUGCCCCGCGUAAACGGCUCGUCCGGUUCGUCGCAGGCGCAGACUCCAACUUUUGCAGACAUGGACCAGCAGAUGUCAGGUUUGAGCAUCAACCCAGAAUCUGGCCGGCCAUAUCCCGCAAGAACGAGCAGCGCAACCAACGUGAGGAACCAGAGGGCUCCACCUGGUGGACCGUUGCCUCAUCUGCCGAGGAAGGACGGGCAGCAAUUCUAAGUAAUUUUCAUGGCUGUUGACGACUGUUAAGUUAGACGAGGGGGGUGAAUCCUUAUCAUAAGCUCUUUCUCCAGCAUACAAACUUAUCACAAUUAUUGUUUUUGACCGUCAUCUGCCUCGUCCUCCUCAUCCUCGACGCCUGCUUAUUUUUAUUUUUUGAGCCGUGCCAUGCGGCUAGGUGUUAACACUCCAGUUGGUGGCUGGGUAGCGCAAAGAAAAAAAAACUUAUUCGUUACGAGAUUUACUUGCAUGGAACGCGGCGUUUUCUUCUACACACGAACACAUUUGGCUAAGAUUGGUACAUUGGAGAAGGUAGGAGAGGAAGGGAGGCUCCAGUUUGUACGUGGCCAUCUGCAGGUGGCGCCGUGUUAGAUCCCUUUUGUGAAGGAUGUAUCUUGUUUUAUAUAGCCAUACGCAAAAAGGGCCAAAUGACAACGUCGUUCACAAGAGAAUUUAGGGAAAG